AUGGAUGGAGACAAUAAAACAUUUUCUACUGACUUCACCCUUGCAGGACUCUUCACUCACAAUAAAUUGUCUGGUUUCCUUUUCAGCAUCAUUUGUGCCAUCUUCUUUAUGGCCAUGAUAACUAAUGGCAUAAUGAUUUUUCUGAUCCACACUGACCCUCAUCUCCACACCCCCAUGUAUUUCCUGCUUAGUCAUCUCUCCUUCAUUGAUAUGAUGUACAUCUCCACCAUUGUGCCCAAAAUGUUGGUUGAUUACAUUGUGGGCAAAGGAACCAUCUCCUUCAUUGCCUGUACAGCCCAAUACUUUCUCUAUAUGGGUUUUGUGGGGGCUGAGUUUUUUCUGUUGGGACUCAUGGCCUAUGACCGCUAUGUAGCUAUCUGCAACCCUCUCCGUUAUCCUAUUCUUAUGAACCACCGAGUCUGUUGGAUGAUCUUGGCCAGUUCUUGGUUUGGUGGUGCUUUGGACAGCUUCCUCCUUACCCCAAUCACCAUGAGUCUCCCAUUCUGUGCAUCUCACAAGAUCAAUCACUUCUUCUGUGAGGCUCCCACCAUGCUGAGGUUGGCCUGUGGUGACAAAGCUGCCUAUGAAAUGGUUAUGUAUAUUUGCUGUGUCAUGAUGCUGCUAAUCCCCUUCUCUGUGGUGGUUGCUUCCUAUGCCCGGAUUCUCAUAACAGUACACCAAAUGAGGUCAGCAGAUGGGAAGAAGAAAGCCUUUGCCACCUGCUCAUCACACAUGAUUGUGGUGACACUGUUCUAUGGGGCUGCCCUGUACACAUAUAUGCUUCCUCAAGCCUACCACACCCCAAUCAAAGACAAGCUAUUUUCAGCCUUUUACACCAUCCUAACCCCCUUACUAAACCCUCUCAUCUACAGUCUAAGGAAUAGAGAUGUGACUGGAGCUAUUAAGAGGGCUUUGGUACGAUGGAAAGGGAUUUCUAGUGUAACAAGAGAAGAAUCCUAA